AUGGUUGUCGCCACGAUUAAGUGUGUCGUCGUCGGAGAUGGUGCCGUGGGAAAGACCUGUCUUUUGAUCUCUUACACAACAAACAAGUUCCCCUCCGAAUAUGUCCCCACCGUCUUCGACAACUAUGCCGUCACCGUCAUGAUCGGUGAUGAGCCCUAUACGCUGGGUCUGUUUGAUACGGCCGGUCAGGAGGAUUACGAUCGUCUGCGUCCCCUCUCCUACCCUCAAACCGAUGUCUUCCUGGUGUGCUUCUCCGUCACCUCCCCCGCCUCCUUCGAGAACGUGCGCGAGAAAUGGUUCCCCGAGGUCCACCACCACUGCCCCGGGGUCCCCUGCUUGAUCGUGGGAACCCAGACCGAUCUGCGCGAUGACCCCGCCGUCCGCGAAAAGCUAGCCCGCCAGAAGAUGCAACCCAUCCGCAAGGAGGACGGCGAUCGCAUGGCCAAGGAGCUCGGCGCUGUGAAAUAUGUCGAAUGUUCCGCCCUGACCCAGUAUAAGCUCAAGGAUGUUUUUGACGAGGCUAUUGUUGCUGCGCUGGAGCCGGCACCGAAGAAAAAGUCCAAGUGUGUCUUGCUGUAA